UCCAUGUCAUUGAACGCAUCAUCAGACUCGUGACCUGUCUGGAAGUUAUCGUUUUCUUUUGACCAAGAAGUUGCGACUAACGAUUUAAACAAAGUUUUUUUUUUCCACCACGCGUUUAUCAACAAUACGCGUUUUGAAGUGGAAAUGUUGGGGCUAACAGGAGACGCUUGUCACAGGAAGUUGUUUCGUUUCGUCUGUGCGCGUACACGUCUUGCUCAUGAUAAAAACCGAACGUUCGUGAUAUUUAUUUCGGGGCGGCUAAUUUCGUCAUGUUUGCAAAAACAAUCAUCCAACUAAUGUUUCAAGUACUUAAAAUGUAAUACUGUGGUAAUAUGUGAAAUCAGCUAUCACUUAAACUAAAGCUAUAUCUAAAGGGAGAGCAAUGUUUGGUGACUCAAAUUUUCUUAUGUUUAUUUUUAACUCUUAUUGGUUAAUUAUUUUUGUCAAAACCACGGAGAAACAAUUAAGUUCACAAUUUCUUUUUCAUAAGAACACUAAAUUGGAAAAUUGUGUUUUGCAUACGUACACUGGAACAAUAGUAGUACCCAAAAUUAUUUUUGACAACGUCCCAAUGUUGUAUUAAAGACUAAAACGUUUUCUGCAAUGAAUUAUUAAUAGAAACAGAAUUCGACAGAAUGGUGAAGGCACCUUAAAGGGGUCUUUCAGUCUUAUAAUCUCAUAUCAAUCAUCUCAAUCUUUGACAUUUGUAGGUCGUAAUCAUUUUUUGAUGAUCAGUUGGGUGUCAUUCUGUUUUUACCCUACAAGAUUUUCUCUUGUCCAGACCAGGCCACGGACCCGAACAACCAGGAAGACAUGUGGGACUGCAUCCAGGCCUUCUCUCAAUUGGUCAACAAGGAGACUGAUGGGUUGCUCUCAGUCUUCUUGCUCAUAAAAUUCAAUCCCCCCAAGAAAAAGAGGCUCUUCAAGCUUUGACUGUUCUCGAGGCGUGCAUGAACAACUGCGGCAAGAAGUUCCGCAGCGAAGCAGCUAAGUUCCGAUUCCUCAACGAGCUCAUCAAGGUAUUGUCGCCUAAGUUCUUGGGUUCUUGGACUGCCCCGUCGGUCAAAGAUAAGCUGAUUCAGGUUCUUUAUGGUUGGACACUCUGGCUCAAAGAGGAAACAAAAAUCCAGGACGCCUACUCCAUGCUCAAGAAACAAGGGGUGAUAAAAAAGGAUCCCAAAUUACCAGAUAAAGUCAUAAUGGCCCCUCCACCACAGAGAGCCACACACUCUGUUUUUGACCAAGGGGACAAAGCGACGCUCCUAUCCAGAUUAUUAAAAAGUGGACGUCCUGAAGACUUGGAGACUGCCAACAGGCUCAUUAAAAGCACAAUGAAAGAGGAGCAGGAGAAGGCAGAGAAAGCCUCAAAGCGUGAAAUGACUCUGAAGGCGGUGGAGAGUAGCACCAAGCAGCUCAGAGAGAUGUUGGACGAGCACAAGGAAGCAUCCUUCCUGCCCAUGGAUGAAUUGAAGGACCUGUAUGAGAGCUGCGAGCGCCUGAGGCCGAGCCUUUUUCGUCUGGCUAGCGACACGGUGGAUGACGACGAGGCUCUGGCGCAGAUCCUGGCGGCCAACGACGAACUCACCCUGGUCGUCAAUGCCUACAAGGAGCGAAGCGGCAGGCGAGAAUGUACCAGAAAAAGUGAAGAAGCAGUGACGGACAUAAACAAUACUUCCACAAGUCCCCGAGAGAUCAAGAGCUACCACCUCAUCGACCUGUCUGCCUUCGACUCACCUCAGACAGAGAGAAAAGCCGACUCGCCUUCGUCCGUUAACUCCUCACCACUCUUCUCCUCUUGUCUGGAUUACACCGACAAUUCUGCGGUUGAAGAGAACCCGCCGCAAUCAGAUUUACUUCUUCUGUCUCCAAAAUCGUAUUUUGAUGAGCUAAUGCAGCUCGAUGGAGCAGUCGAGCCAACGAACAAGGAGAGGGGCCCCUUGCUGAGAGCCCGCGGAUGUGGGGAAAAUGUCUCUUCACCAAAGGAAAUGAACAUAUGGUCACAGGAUCAACAGUUAACGAGUUUAGGAUCUUGUUCAAGUCACCCUCAACCACCAGCACCUUCGGAAGACUGGGCAUGUCCGCAACAGGGGCUGAAAAAUAUCUUUGUUCCCAUGGAGACCAUCAAGUCUAGUCAGCUGGAGCCCAUCACCAUCUACGACCACUGCGGCGUCCACGUCACACUUCAUUUCACCAGGAACUCACCACCCGGUCAUCCUGACGUUGCCGUAGUGGUCAUCUCCACGGUCAACACUUCCUCUCUGGGAGUGAAAGAUUUAAUGUUUCAAGUUGCUGUCCCUAAGACCAUGUCGGUAAAACUUCAACCUGCGUCAACAACACACUUGCCUCCUUACAACCCCCUCCAGCCCCCGCCUGCCAUUUCCCAGGUCAUCCUGUUAGCUAAUCCACACAAGUGUAAAAUGCGUCUGCGCUACAAGCUCACUCUGACACACGGACACCAACAGUUGAAUGAGCACGGAGAGAUACAAAACUUGCCGGACUGGACGUCUCUGAUUGGCUGCUGAAAACGCCGCACACUUUUCUUUAUCACACUCGGUUUCACGGGCACUCUUUCCCUCAAGAGUCUCAAAAUGACAAUGAAGUCUUACAUGCAUCACAAUCUUUGGACUUUUCUUCCUAUUUAGGUCAGUUGUUAGUUAUUUAGGUCAGUUGUUAGUUAAACUCUCUUUGCUUUUGAUACAUUUGCAACAUUUCCCAACAUAUUAUUAGGUUUGCUUUGGAAUUAAUCAUUAAUGUAAAUUAAUGUUUUUUUUCGAAAGGAUUUUGUUUGUUCUAUCCAAGACUUUUUGUGUUUCUGCAAUUGGAAUUAUUGGACCUCCAUCGUGCCAAUUCUUUAUUUUGCAUCUGAAGCCCUAUCUGACUCUAUUAAUCACUUACAGUGAAUAAAACAAGACCACAUCAGUGUUA